ACAAAUCAUCUCUCUCUCUCUCUCUCUGUCUCUCCCUCUUGUCACUUUUCUGCAUUCUACGUGUGUGAUAAAAGAAAUGGCGAAAUCACCAGAGGAAGUGCAUCCGGAGAAGGCUUUUGGAUGGGCAGCUAGAGAUUCUUCUGGCCUCCUCUCGCCUUUCAAAUUCUCCAGGAGGGCAACCGGAGAGAAGGACAUAAGAAUCAAAGUUCUUUAUUGCGGAGUAUGCCACUCGGACCUUCACAUGGCCAAGAGCGAAUGGGAGGGCUUUUCCAUCCACCCACUAGUUCCUGGGCACGAAAUUGUCGGCGUAGUAACAGAAGUGGGGAGCAAGGUUAACAACGUAAAAGUGGGAGAUAAAGUAGGAGUGGGAUGCCUUGUUGGUGCAUGUCACUCCUGUGAUGACUGUAAUAGUGAUCUUGAGUCUUACUGCACCAAAAUGAUACUAACCUACAGUACCAUUUACCACGAUGGAACAGAAACAUAUGGAGGCUACUCAGACACAAUGGUAGCUGAUGAGCGCUACGUUGUUCGGUUCCUGGAAAAUCUACCGCUUGACGCUGGUGUUCCACUGCUUUGUGCAGGAAUCACAGUUUAUAGUCCCUUGAAAUAUUAUGGUCUUGCAGAGGCAGGUAAGCAUAUUGGGGUUGUUGGCUUAGGUGGGCUCGGUCAUGUUGCUGUUAAAUUUGCCAAGGCUUUCGGAGCAAAAGUGACAGUAAUUAGUACCUCCCCUAGCAAGAAGGAUGAAGCUUUGGAACAUCUUGGUGCGGACUCAUUUUUUGUUAGCCGUGACCAAGAAGAAAUGCAGGUGAAUGUUAUAUAGCGUUUAACUUAUUCU